AUGAAUAAUCUUGUUCAGAAGUUUUAUACAGGGAAAAAAGAUAUAAGUUUGGGCGAGACCCCUUCGCCACCAGCAAUAAAAAUAUCUUCUCCGGAGGAUAGGUUGGGGGCAAUAGAUUAUUUUACUUCUGAAAAGUUGACAAUAGGAGGAGCAGCGGGAGGAGGAGGAAGCUCCUUAAAUAAUGGAUUUAACACAUCUAUGACUGACUCUUCUACUGCACUGAUAGAUCACCUUGCUGGUAUCGAUGAAGAUAUUGAUGGUGAUGACGGGAAGUUCAAGCAGGCAUUGAAGGAUAUUGGAGAGUUGGUGUUUGCAUUCAAAGGGAUAAACUUCGACAUUGACAGAUUAAAUAAUGGUACUUCCAAUGAAACAGUAGUGGCUUCAUCACAGAAUCAACAGGAACUUUUAGGUAUGACCAAUGGUGAUGGGUCUGAUAGGAGUGGGUCAUCUGAAUUAAUUGUCGAUCACGAAUUGAUGUUCAUGAUGGAUAGUAAUAAAAAUAUUAAUAACAUUUAUGAUAAAAACCAUAAUGCUGGUUCUGGAAAUACUAAAAAUGAUCCUCAUAUUAAUGACCUGGCGGAAAUUGAGGAGAAAAAUUCAUUGGUUGUGCCAAGUUACAAGGUUCAACCAGUUAAACCAUCGCAAGGACGCCCACACCAGUUAUUUCCCAGGAAAUAUUCUGAUUUUUUGAAGGAGAAGAAGAAGAAUAAAGAACGCUAUGAUAAUUUACUCUUCUACAAUGUACUAGAUGGCAAAUCACCACUGGGAAAAGCCGGCAACUUUUCUUCGGUUGGUGACAGAAUGCUAGAAUUAGGAAACCUUGUCACUGAUAUUGCGUUGCAAGUGGCAUCUCGUGAUAUGGAACUACGCACAAUGUAUGAGAAUUUUCAAUCAUACAAGAGUCUGUUGGUGACGCUUAAUGAAUUUUUAAUCCAGUUCAAAAAAUUAUUAGUUUCCAAAAUCCAAAAGGCUAAUGCCGCAGCAAACUCUCGUAUUAUCCAAGGGAAUGAUGAUGAUGGCGAUAAGGGUUUGGUCCAUGAUGAUAAAUCCCCAGAAGAUUUGCAAGAUUAUUUGAGGGAUGUUGUUAUUCUUGAAGGGUAUUUGGAUAAAUUGAAGCUUAAUGUGGAGAAUAGUCUGAAUAUCUUGAGAGAUAUUGAAACAAAGUUGGAUGAAUCAUUGAAGGACCAGAGGGCGCUGGAAAUUGCGAUUGAGCGAAGAAAUAAAGUCAUUGUAUUAUAUCUUCUCAGCGGACUAUUAAUAAUUUUCUGUGUGUGGUAUGCUAGAAAGGAAUUGAAGAUGGUGACAUAG